AUGAAGGUUCAAGUAGCUUUAGUUUUGAUAUCACUUACUGCAGUCUGCAGUAGCACAUCUGUGCCAGGAGCACCUUGGGUAAUUUACCCAAGCAUCGUUGACCCAAUUGUCACACAAGCCGUCACUUUCAUUAAUGAGUAUUUUCGAAGUUUGGGAGACUACACACCACGGCAAGCAUUGCGGGUUCUUAGAGCAACUGAGCAGAUUGUUUCUGGAAAUCUGUACGUCUUCGAUCUGAAUGUUGUCGGGGGGCCUAGGAUAGAACAGUGCCACGUGGAGUAUGUGAACCAGUCAUGGUUGCCCGUUCCUAAUAGCUUGAUAAAAAGCGUCACCUGCGGUGAAUACAAUCCAGCCACAACGUACAAGCCUGUUUUUUAA